AUGUCUAUACAGUACCCCGGGGAGGAACAGCUCAGCUAUGGGGUGGCCGACUCCUUCCCCAAGGACUUCGGCUACGGGGCUGACGAGUCCGAGAUGGACGAGAGCUCGACCGCCUCAGAUAGCAAACCCCGGAUCCUGCUCAUGGGGAUGAGGCGCAGCGGGAAGUCUUCCAUCCAGAAGGUUGUGUUUCACAAGAUGUCACCAAAUGAAACUUUAUUCUUGGAGAGCACCAACAAAAUCUACAAAGAUGACAUUUCUAAUAGUUCUUUUGUCAAUUUUCAAAUCUGGGACUUUCCAGGCCAAGUGGACUUUUUUGACUCCACCUUUGAUUAUGAAAUGAUCUUUAGAGGGACCGGAGCAUUAAUAUAUGUAAAUUGAUGCCCAGGAUGACUAUAUGGAAGCCCUAGCAAGACUUCAUGUGACCGUUACCAAAGCCUACAAAGCAAAUCCUGAUAUGAAUUUUGAAGUUUUUAUUCAUAAAGUAGAUGGUUUGUCAGAUGACCAUAAGAUAGAAACUCAGCGAGACAUUCACCAGAGAGCUAAUGAUGAUCUUGCCGAUGUUGGACUAGAAAAACUUCACCUAAGCUUCUACUUGACAAGUAUUUAUGACCACUCUAUAUUUGAGGCAUUCAGUAAGGUUGUGCAGAAACUUAUCCCACAGUUGCCAACUUUAGAAAACUUGCUAAAUAUUUUUAUAUCUAAUUCAGGCAUCGAGAAAGCCUUCUUAUUUGAUGUGGUCAGUAAAAUCUACAUUGCCACAGACAGUUCUCCUGUAGACAUGCAGUCCUAUGAACUGUGCUGCGAUAUGAUAGAUGUAGUAAUAGAUGUUUCUUGUAUAUACAGUUUGCAUGCUGAAUGUAAUGGGACUGCGUAUGACAAGGAGUCCAUGGCAAUUAUCAAGCUAAACAACACAACAGUACUUUAUUUAAAAGAAGUGACAAAGUUCCUAUCACUCGUCUGUAUUCUUAGAGAAGAAAGCUUUGAACGAAAAGGUUUAAUAGACUACAAUUUUCACUGCUUUCGAAAAGCCAUCCAUGAGGUAUUUGAGGUAGGAGCUGCCACGCAUCGGACCUUCAGCCAUCAAGCCAGCAGUCCUAACCUUAAUGCAGUGACUCACAAUGGCACUCCUGCAAAUACAGUCUAG